UGAAUUAAUGUUUUCAGAAAACUGCAACUGCUGUCGCUUACUGUAAAAGAGGAAAUGGCUUGAUUAAAGUAAAUGGUCGGCCAUUAGAGAUGUUGGAGCCACAGGUUUUAAAAUAUAAGCUUUUAGAACCAGUUCUUUUAUUGGGAAAAGAGAGAUUUGCAGGAGUAGAUAUUAGAGUAAGAGUUAAAGGUGGUGGUCAUGUUGCACAGAUUUAUGCAAUUAGACAGUCCAUUUCUAAAGCUUUGGUUGCUUAUUACCAGAAAUAUAUAGAUGAAGCAUCCAAAAAAGAAAUUAAAGACAUUCUCAUUCAGUAUGAUCGAAGCUUAUUAGUGGCUGAUCCACGUAGAUGUGAACCCAAGAAGUUUGGUGGUCCAGGUGCAAGAGCACGAUACCAGAAAUCUUACCGUUAAAAUUUUUAUGGGUUUAUUUCUGAUGGUUUAUGUAUGCCAAAAAUAAAAAAUGAAAUAACGAA